UUCACCGCAGAGAGGCUGUGCAGCACCACAGGGACAAUACUCCGGGAGCCGCGAUAUUAGAGGCGCUUCACCUGCACUAGAGAAGCAAACUGGGAACCUGCAGCAGCGGCCUCCUUCAACAAGGCCUGAACGUCAGUCACCGGACAGUCGAGCGGUUUUUAUCAGGACAGAUCACCCAGUAACUCUGAUCCUCCCAGUGACGCCCCGCGGUCCACCGGUUCAGCCCGACCAUGGUUCUGUGUGAGGACGGCGAGUGCAGCGUCUGCCUCCUGCCCUUCACCCGGAUGGACAGGAUCCCGCGGGUGCUGCACUGCAGGCACACCUUCUGCGAGCCGUGCCUGGAGACGAUGUCUCGGUCCAGCAGCGGGCUGCUCACCGUGGGCUGCCCUCUGUGUCGCCGGGUCACCUGCGUAGGGCACGGCCUCAGCCUGCAGGAGGCCCUGUGGGUCGACAGCAGGCUGUGGGAGCAGAUACCGGAGGACGUGGAGGCCGAAGAGGAGGAGGAGGACGACGACGGACUGAAGGGAGCAGCUGAGGAGGAGGGGACGGAGACCAAACAACCCUCGCUGCAGGCAGAUGCUUCCUCCCGGUUUGCCAGAACGAAGCUCAGACUGCCUGCGUUCUUCAGAAAGUUCAGUUUGACGAAGCAGCACCAGGAGCGGAUCGUGCCCGGCAGUAACGUGGAAAUGAAAUCCUGGCGCAGACUUCCAACUGAAGACGCAAUCUAAAAAAAGAGCUGAGUCAACGACGAUGACACAGCUCCUCUCAGGACUAAAGACGCCAACAGAAGACUCGACUCGCCAGCGGAGGGAAAGCUGAGGCCGUUAGGGCCGAGAAUCCAUUUGUGUUCCUGUCAAGACAUUGUUUUGUCCUCAGCCAAAGGUGCCCCGUCUCCCCCAUUAUUUAUUCUGGGCUUAAUUCCCCCAGCUGGUGCUGUGGGAUUUGGUUCAGCUGCCCCAGUGGGACCCGCACCCCGAGACCCCCUCCUAACAGAUGGUCUCCUGAGGAUGUUCCCUUUUUUCGAAGCCACUGCUGAACACUAAAAAUAACUUAUUGUUUUUUUUAAUUUAUGAUAGCUAGUUGAUAAAGUAUAAAAUUAAAAUAUUUUUGAAAAUA